UUGACUGUAUAGACAGUUGCAUUGAUGGUGAAUGUAACGGCUCAUUCAAAGAGGCUAUCUCAUCGCCAAGCAAUGAUGUCUCUCUUGUUCCAGCUAUCGCAUCCUGUUCCUUAAAAAGAGCUGUUUUUGGUAAAAGAAGAGGCAAUGGCUCUAACGGUGAUUGCUGCAAGACUCAACACGACUGCAAGGAAGUAUGCAUUGAAAAGAAAUGCAAUAGCCACAACUGA